GUUGUGCACAGUUAAAUGUUAGGCUUAGUUUGAUUUGUGAAAAUAUGAAUACAAGCGUCUUUCUUUUUGAUUUUGUGUAAAAGGAAAACAUUUAUUUAUUAUUUAGGUAAUAAUAAAUAUUUAAUUAAAAAUAAUGAAUCUAAAAUUUUUGUGUAAUAUGUCAUCGAACAUUGUGAGCUUUACGCCUUUAAAACAGGUAUAUAGGAACAUUCAUGUAUGUAGAUGUCUCAGUUCGACACUUGUAGAAGAUACUCCAGAUAUUUCUAAAGUAAUUGUUUCACCUCAUGUACCAAGUUCGGGAAGGCCUCCAUUACCCAUCAUUACUUCUCGAAAGUUGGACUGUUGUCCUAAGUUUACUAAACCAAGACAGAGCUGGGUUGAGAGUUUGGAUACUGUUGAAGGAGAGAAGCUGGGAUUUGUAGACUUGCAUCCUUCAGUAUUUGCUGGUUUUCCUAGAGUUGACAUUUUAAAUCUCAAUAUUUCUUGGCAACAACUUUACAGACGUGUGGACUGGUCUACAACAAAAACUCGAGCUGAAGUUCGAGGAGGAGGGCGUAAACCAUGGCCACAGAAAGGACUGGGAAAGGCUAGGCAUGGCAGUAUACGUUCCCCAUUAUGGAGAGGAGGUGGAAUUGCUCAUGGACCACGUGGACCUCGGACUUACUUCUACAUGCUGCCUUUCUAUUCCCGUGUGAAAGGUUUGAUCACAGCCUUGUCAGUCAAGUUUGCACAGAAUGAUCUUAAAAUAGUGGAUUCCCUUGAAAUUCCAACAGAUGAGUCUAAGUUUCUAGAAGAACUGACAGAACAGCGAGGUUGGGGUCCAUCUGUUCUCUUUGUAGAUAACACUGACUUGAUGCCAAGGAACAUCACCAUAGCAACUGAUACAGUGAAACACAUCAACUUAAUGCCUGUUUAUGGACUAAAUGUCUACAGCAUGUUGAAACAUGAGACGUUGGUUCUUACAUUGGCUGCUGUUGAUAAGAUAGAGGAAAGAAUUUUAUUUCAUCUUAACCGUACAGACUCAAAGAAAGCCAUGGAAAGAUAUCAGAACUGAAACAAUCAUUAAUGUAGUAGUUUCUGCUUUUUUGUAGAAAGAAAACUUGUUUUUGUAUAGCAGUUAUCAAGAAACAUUUAAAAAUAAUAAAGGUUUUAUAGCUCUGUC